AAGUGUUUUACUGAGACUUUAUUUAAUCAUUAUCAUUGUGGUAUUCUGUGUGUGAAUUUAGAUCUCGGGCUGCUAACUGAAUCAACGGGUACAUGAGCGACCAUACAUGUACCGAGUCACACGACUUGAUAGUGCUGGAUAGUGAUACUGAAAAGGAACUCGAUGAAAUGAGUCGAUCGUUACCGCCUGAUGUUACAUUUGCCCCAAGUCGUUCUCCAACGAGAACUGGACGAGGAAACGAAGAGCAUUCUCCGCUUUUAGCAUCUAGGGUGGAACACGAGUAUGGACUAUUUGAGAACAAUUUCCCAGAUGAUCCAGAUUUUCAAGAGGUGAUUCGAGUUGCGGAAUCUGCCAUUGAAGAAGGAUUUCUGCCAGAAAGAAUCUUCCAGGGAUCAAGUGGAAGUUAUUUUGUCAAAAAUCAAGAUGGGAAGACAAUUGGAGUUUUUAAACCAAAAGACGAAGAGCCCUAUGGGCAGUUAAACCCUAAAUGGACAAAAUGGAUGCACAAACUUUGUUGUCCAUGUUGUUUUGGACGAAGUUGCCUAGUACCAAAUCAGGGAUACUUAUCUGAAGCAGGGGCUAGCUUAGUGGAUCAGAAACUACAAUUAAAUAUAGUUCCCAAAACAAAAGUAGUAAAAUUAGCCAGUGAUACAUUUAAUUACAAUGCUAUAGACAGAGCAAAAUCUAGAACAAAGAAAAAUAUUCUGGAGAAACUGCCAAAUGUGGGAAGACAUUUUCACAGAAUAGGCUUACCACCAAAGACAGGAUCAUUCCAGUUUUUUGUCAACAACUAUAAAGAUGCAGAUUUCUGGUUACGGAAGUUUGACAGUGAGGAUUUACCUAUCUCUACAGCAACACGACUUCAGCACUUAUUUGAACGACUUGUAGUACUAGAUUAUAUAAUCAGAAAUACUGACAGAGGGAACGAUAACUGGCUUAUACGAUAUGAGCCUGCCUCAUCACAUGGGCAAUCAGAGGAGGAAAGUGAAUGGAACUUUGUAGAUAACCCAGUCAUAUCUAUUGCUGCAAUAGAUAAUGGAUUAGCAUUCCCAUUUAAACACCCAGAUGAGUGGCGAGCGUAUCCCUACCACUGGGCGUGGCUUCCUCAGGCAAAAGUACCCUUUUCUGACGAGAUCCGAGACCUUGUCCUACCCCAGUUAUCAGACAUGAACUUUGUCCAGGACCUGUGUGAUGACCUCUGGGAACUGUUUAAGACUGACAAAGGCUUUGAUAAAAGGACUUUUGAGUGUCAGAUGUCUGUGAUGAGAGGCCAGAUACUUAAUCUAACACAAGCCUUGAAGGACAAGAAAUCCCCAGUUCAGCUAGUACAGAUGCCUGUGGUGACAGUGGAACGUAACAGAUCUGGCAGUGGACGCUCUCGCACAGAGAGCGAGACAUUCACACAGAGUUUCUCCCAUAGAGCACCAUUUUUUUCAUGGUGCUGAGACAGAAUUCUCUGAAGGCAAACAUUUGACACACAAAUGAUGAUGACCCUUGUUAGACACCACUGGGGACUAAGAUGAUAGGUCCUGUGUAGGGAUCACAUUGUAUGAAGGAGUUCCAUCAAACACCCGAGUGAUGAGGCUGUUUCUUUGAUAAAGAGACACUACUAAAUAUGGAAGUGAUUUAUGUCUACCCAGACAAUUCCACAAUAUCCAUAUACCUGAUUGUCAACUUUUCAAGGCAUAGACAAGCUACACAUAGAACACCCAGUGGCCAUAAUUGUGUCUUUACAUCCCAAACAGUCAAGUGACUGUUAUGAUCCGAUGGCAUCAUAGAGCAAAGUGGUUAGCCAAGAAUUUUACCAUCUGCUUUGUGAAAUACAUUCUCUCAAGGGAUAAGAGAAAUAUAAUCAUUCCAUACCAGAUGUAAUGGAUGGAAGAUCUCAACGUUGAUGGCAUAAUGAGACGUACGAUAGAUUGAACCAGUGAAGUAUAGUCAUCAUCUCCAGAAGAAAUCUGCAAAGUGUUGUGGAAACUUAAUUCAAACCUUUGUCAUAGUUUGACUGAUAAUAAAACAGUAUUAUCAAAAUUUAUAUGUACACCUGGUCGACAAGGACAACGGAAAUGGAGUUAAAAUGAUUGCCUGGUAAGGGUUUUGUGACACAGAGUUUAUGAGAUAGCAUCAGAGUUAUCUUUCCUUGUAUAUAACAAAUACAUAUAAAUUUUAUCUUCUUAAGGCUCAACAUGUCCUUCAGGAUAACAUAUUGAUAGUACCAUACCUACAUGUCCAUGUUCGUUUGUUCAGUGUGUUCUGAUGCUCUGUAACAUGUGUCGUAACUGCUGACUAUUUUAUCAUCCAACAUUUAUUUGUUAAGUCAGUCAUUGUCAGGUACUGUGUAAAAAGUUAUAAAUCUUGUUCCAUGUUAUCAGACAGGUAGGUAGUUAAAUGUUUGGAUGAUUUCAUAUAACAAAUUGGUCUCCAUGUAUGUAUUUGCUCAAACACAGACUGGCUUGGGAGAUGCACAUACAUCUGUAUUUGUGAUGACUGAAUUCUUAGGCUGGAGAAAACCAUUAUCAAUAUGAUACUGUAUAAAUACAAAUUUUUCAGUAUCAUUAGAUUUAUGAUCUAUCAACAACAAUAUUUCCAGAAACAUUUGAAAUUUCGUCUGUAAUCCUUAACAUGUGGAAUGGAAAUUUUACCUAUGUUGUAUUGUUGUCAUGGAUUUGUCAUUAAAUUAAAGGAAAAGUUUAUUUCUAUCUCUCCCCCCCCCACCCCCCCAAAAAAAAAAAAAAAUUGUAAUGUUUUCAAUUAUAAGAAUUGUAUGUAAUCCUGUUUUAUGUAGCUGUUAGGGUUUGGGUAGUGGACCAUAUUUUUUGUUUUUCUGAAGUAUGAUGCUAAAGCAGCUUCUAGUUGGAUCACUAGAUGGCUAAUGUGUUGAAUAUAGAAUAUACCUAUAGAGUGUUCAUGAAAUCAUUUUUCUAGACUAUAUUUGUAAAUCUCUGCAUUGUUUUGUUGAGAUAAGACAGAAAUAAAACACCACACAUUCAUGUUUCCUCAUUACCAUAAAUUAUACUAAACAAUAAAGCCAGUAUAUACCACAUGUAUAUAUAGCUUCCUUAUGCCAAUCAUUGAAAAAAUGGAUGAAGAAUGUGUGUGUUGAAUGGCAAUAUUGUAAAAAAAGAAAAUCUUUUUCUUUUUUAAAUUUUCUAAUGAAAAAUGUUUCUGAUGAAAUUUUUUCAGAUGGAUUCUAUAAAUCAAUC